CUCCCUGCCGUGCUGAUGCCUGGAGUCCGCAUGGCCUCGCUGAGCCAAGCCCUGCGUGUAGUGGCCACACACGCUCGCCGGAGCCCAGCCCAGGGCCUGGGGCCACGCCCCCUGACCAGCGGGGCUGGCCCCACGGCUGAGAAGAGCGUGCCGUACCAGCGGACCCUGAAAGAGGCACAGGGCCCCUCGGCGGAGGCCCAAGGCCCCACCCGGCCUCUGCCCAGCACAGCCAACGUGGUGGUCAUCGGUGGGGGCAGCUUGGGCUGCCAGACCCUGUACCACCUGGCCAAGCUGGGUGUGAGCGGGGCGGUGCUGCUGGAGAGGGCGCGACUGACCUCCGGGACCACCUGGCACACAGCAGGCCUGCUGUGGCAGCUGCGGCCCAGCGACGUGGAGCUGGAGCUUCUGGCCCACACGAGGCGCGUGGUGAGCCGUGACCUGGAGGAGGAGACCGGGCUGCACACGGGCUGGAUCCAGAAUGGGGGCCUGUUCAUCGCGUCCAACCGGCAGCGUCUGGACGAGUACAAGAGGCUCAUGUCGUUAGGCAAGGCCUACGGCGUGGAGUCCCAUGUGCUGAGCCCGGCGGAGACCAAGGCACUGUACCCGCUGAUGAAUGUGGACGACCUCUAUGGGACCCUGUACGUGCCGCAGGAUGGGACCAUGGAUCCCGCCGGCACCUGCACCACCCUCACCAGGGCCGCCACUGCCCGGGGAGCACAGGUCAUCGAGAACUGCCCGGUGACCGGCAUCCGUGUGCGGACAGACGACUUUGGGGUGCGGCGGGUGGCAGCUGUGGAGACGGAGCACGGCUCCAUCCAGACGCCCUGUGUGGUCAACUGUGCAGGAGUAUGGGCGGACGCUGUGGGCCGGAUGGCAGGAGUCAAGGUCCCGCUGGUGGCCAUGCACCAUGCCUACGUCGUCACCGAGCGCAUCGAGGGGAUCCAGAACAUGCCCAACGUCCGCGACCACGACGCCUCGGUCUACCUCCGCCUCCAAGGAGAUGCCUUGUCUGUGGGCGGCUAUGAGGCCAACCCCAUCUUCUGGGAGGAGGUGUCGGACAAGUUUGCCUUCGGCCUCUUCGACCUCGACUGGGACGUGUUCAGCCAGCACAUUGAAGGGGCCGUCAACCGGGUCCCUGUGCUGGAGAAGACGGGGGUCAAGUCCACAGUCUGUGGCCCGGAGUCAUUCACACCAGACCACAAGCCCCUGAUGGGGGAGGCGCCCGAACUCCGAGGAUUCUUCCUGGGCUGUGGCUUCAACAGUGCAGGAAUGAUGCUGGGCGGUGGCUGUGGGCAGGAGCUGGCCCACUGGAUCGUCCACGGGCGCCCGGAGAAGGACAUGUAUGGCUACGACAUCAGGCGCUUCCACAGCUCGCUCACGGCCCACCGCCGCUGGAUUCGCGAGCGCAGCCACGAGUCCUACGCCAAGAAUUACUCCGUGGUCUUCCCCCACGACGAGCCCCUGGCGGGGCGCAACAUGAGGAGAGACCCCCUGCACGAGGAGCUCCUUGCUCAAGGCUGCGUGUUCCAGGAGCGGCAUGGCUGGGAGCGACCGGGAUGGUUUAACCCCCGAGGUGCAGCUCCGGUCCUCCAUUACGACUACUACGGGGCUUAUGGGAACACGGCGCACGAGGACGACGCCUACAGCAGGCUGCUGGGCGAUGAGUACACCUUCGACUUCCCGCCCCACCAUGAUGUGAUCAAGAAGGAGUGUCUGGCCUGCAGAGGGGCCGCUGCUGUGUUCAACAUGUCCUACUUUGGGAAGUUCUACCUGGUGGGCUUGGACGCAAGGAAGGCUGCCGACUGGCUCUUCUCUGCUGAUGUCAGCCGACCCCCAGGCUCGACAGUGUACACCUGCAUGCUGAACCACCGUGGGGGCACUGAAAGCGACCUGACCGUCAGCCGCCUGGCCCCCGGCGCCCAGGCCUCCCCUCUGGCCCCCGCCUUUGAAGGGGACGGCUACUACCUGGCCGUGGGCGGGGCUGUGGCCCAGCACAACUGGUCACACAUCACCACGGUGCUGCAGGACCAGAAGUUCCGGUGCCGGCUCCUCGACAGCUCCGAGGACCUGGGCAUGAUUAGCAUCCAGGGCCCAGCCAGCCGGGCCAUUCUCCAGGAGGUGCUCGACGCAGACCUGAGCAACGACGCCUUCCCUUUCUCCACCCACAAGCUGGUGAGAGCCGCCGGGCACCUGGUCCGGGCCAUGAGGCUGUCCUUCGUGGGGGAGCUGGGCUGGGAGCUGCACAUCCCAGGGCCGUCCUGCGUGCCCGUGUACCAGGCCGUGAUGGCAGCGGGGACCAAGCACGGCCUUGUCAACGCGGGGUACCGGGCCAUCGACUCUCUGAGCAUCGAGAAAGGCUACCGGCACUGGCACUCUGACCUGCGGCCGGAUGACAGCCCCCUGGAGGCGGGCUUGGCCUUCACCUGCAAGCUCAAGUCCGCCGUCCGCUUCCUGGGCCGUGAGGCCCUGGAGAAGCAGCGGGCCGAGGGCCUCUGCCGGCGCCUGGUCUGCUUCACCGUGGACGAAAAAGUGCCCAUGUUCGGCCUCGAGGCCAUCUGGAGAAACGGCCAAGUGGUGGGCCACGUCCGGAGGGCCGACUUCGGGUUCACCAUCGAUAAGACCCUUGCCUACGGCUACAUCCGGGACCCCAGCGGCGGGCCGGUCUCGCUGGACUUCGUGAAGAGCGGGGACUAUGCCCUGGAGAGGAUGGGGGUGACCUACCCUGCCCGCGCUCACCUGAAGUCUCCCUUCGACCCUGACAACAAGAGGGUGAAGGGAAUCUACUGACGGGGCCCGCAGGGUGGGGCCUCAGCUGCUCAGGAGCCGCCCCACGCCCUCGAUUCCCGCGGGGCUGCUCCGCCCUGGGCCCCAGGACCUGGGCCCCGACCUAGGGUCCUCCCUGCCCUCAGGCCAGGCCUCCCAGCCCCCAAACAGAUGCGGACAGGGAGAGUGGAAAGAGGACCCAGUGGCCCGGCACUGACUGACCAAAGGGUGGUCUCUAGUCCACCCCCACGCCCAAAACACAAACCUGUAACGUCCUGGGCUCAGGGACCCCGGCUUGCGGCCCUGAGAAGGUGCUUGGUAAACACUUGGUUGGCCCAGAGUAAAAGCCGGGAGGCAAGAGCUUUACCCAGUGUUCCCAGCCGCCUGGCUGGUGGGCUGCCAGGACCCUGCUGGAGAGUGCUGUAAUGCAGUCCCGAUUAGUGCUGUCUGCCCCACCUCUCGGUUCUUCACGGGAAAGCCUUCUGAGAUGGGGAGCAGAGUGGGGUGCCCUCCCUCACCCAUGCAGAUGCCCUAUCUCCUGCCUCAGUUUCCCCUAGAGCCCCUCGCUCACUAGGUCUGGAGAAGAAGGGCGUGAGGCGAUUAAGAACCUGACGGAAUCCUCCUGCCUGGAUGGCCUUUGACAUCGCCAUUUGCUUGGCACACAGCUCCUGCCCUUGUCUCCCUCCUCUUCCGGCCCCCAAGGGAGGGACCGUGUACAGGGCCUUGAAAGGGGGUGACUCCCCUGCGCCCCUCCCUUCGCUGGCUCUUCAGAACUCUCUAACGGCCCCAGGUGACCCUGCCUCCCUGCCCGGCUUGGGUGUCUGUCCACCCUGCCCACGUGCCCCGGUCCCUCCCUCUUCGCUUCGCCCCCCACCCCAGCUCAUGCCAGCAGGAUUUCUUUGCCCACUGUGCAGCCCAGGGGGGCCAGGCAGCCCCCCCAAAACUGCACCUCGUGGUCGUGCCCAGACAGGCCCGCCCUCUGGGGAGCAGAAGGUGGUAGGCGCUGGGGGCACAGAGUUCCCGCAGACGCUCGCAAGAAGCAGUGGGGUGAUUGGAGUGCAGGCAAUCCUUGGGGGGGCCCUGGCUGCUUCCAGAGGCUUACACCCUGCGGCCCGGCUGUGGACGGAGCUGGAACAGGUCAGGCUAAUAAAGUUGAAGCCGUGGGAGGAUGUUCAGGUUUCAGAUGACCU